UUGUCACGAUGUGUCAAUGUUGAUUCAAUUCGACGGAGAGUAGAUCAAAAUCUAGACAAUGAUUUAUAUUUGAUUGUAAAUUUACGUAUUUAAUUUAAAUAAUUGAGCCCAUGCCACACGUGGUAGAACUCCAAGCGUGCUAAUACCUGGACCUAUGCUACACCUUAAUAUUGCUUAAAAUGACGCAUAUCCCCAGACUGUGACUUAAGAGCGAUGGAGGGAGGCGACGGCAUGGUGGCCGUGGUGAGAGAGCUGCGGGACACAGGGCUUGCCGUCACUGUACUGGACGGCUGCAGGCGGUACACCCUCAUGCCCAAUUCCGCAUCAGUUGCUCAUCCGACGCCGACGUGUAUCCACGUGUCGCGAGAUGUGCCGGAACCGAUACGUGCCAUGUCUGAGGGGUGCACGGAGCCGCCGCUGCGCUGCGACUCCUCUGUGCAGGCCACCGACGGACGGUACGCUAGCAUGUACAAGGUGCAACACUGCAACGUCAGCUCGACUUCGCCGCCAAAUCAUCUCGCUGAGUUACCCCCUCAAUGUGCCGAGUUGACUCCCGGUCACGAUAACUUUAAUGUGGGUGGCACCGGCAGCGGCGAGAAAUACAGCCCAGUUAGACUGAGCACUCAAUUUAGAGAAGGCAUGUCCUGGCCUGACAGAGAAUCAUGUACUCCGCGACCCUCAUACGAGCCCGACUCGUUCGCCAACUCCUUGAGGAAGUAUUCGAACAUGUCGCCACAGAGGUCGGAAAUAGUCGAGAGGCUCGUCAACUACACGCAGGCCAAGAACGUAUCAAAAUGUUUCGCAAAAAGUCGUUUGUCAUCCACCAGAUUGUCAGAAUGCAACUCUAAUUAUUCAUUUGAAAGAGACUCUAGAGCGUCACCCACGCAUCACAGUGGUUAUGAGCCCAAAGUGACUAUAAGACCCAGAGUGAAUACUGAUGAGUCACUCACCAGAGAGGAAAGGCCGAAGACAUGUGACAUGUGUCCGGAGUUGAACGCUUCUGCCUUUUGCAGAAAUUUUGAGACCCGAUACUUACGAGAUGUUUCGAAUAGCACACGGGAUAGCCUGAGAAAUUUUGCGAAACGGAAUUCAACUUCAGCGAAAAUUCAAGCAGUUGUUGAAAUGAUGUCCAGACAAGUAGCGACCUUGCCGCGUGUGGAGCCGUCUAAAAGAAAUGUAGCCGUCCCUCUGUCACCGAUAUGCUCCAUUACCCAGCGCUGCCCAGAAGCAUCACUCGCAGUCGGUUCCACAGGAUCUGCAUUCAAAUCAGUACAAAUAACCUCAAAAAAUAUCACAGAGAAAACCCGCAAAUUUGCUCAAUCCACAUCAAGCUCUAUAGGGUUGCUAAGCGCUGUCGAUAAACAACAGUGUAAUGAACACAGUAGGAUAAAGAGCAAGUCUUCAGAAGACUUCAGAACAGACAUGCUACAACUAUUGCAAAGCAUAGAUUGUCACAGUGAUGAAGUGUAUCAAGCUUUUAGGGAUGAAGUCGUUAGAAAAAUUAAAAAGAAUCGAAAAAAACUCAAUUUGGGCAUCGAAGAUCAUGCCAAAAGCGCUCCUUUUUGGAUUAAAGCUAGAUCAACUUGUAGGCACUGUGUAAACAAUUGUAGAAAAGCCAAAAACUCCGAUGUUUUUAGAGGCCAGACUCGAAAUAUCAGCGUACCAACCGACGACAGCCCUCAAAACAAUAUUAAACAUUGGUUACGAGAAGUAUACGCGCAAAGCUCAGAACUUCUUGAACGACAUAAUUUAGAUCAUACUGUGAGUUGCCUAGCUGCAAAGUUUAGACGAUUAUGGUGCAAUUCCAAUAUGAUAUCAAAAUCUGAGAUAAUGCAGAUGAUUGAAGAAGUGAUGUUUGACGCGAACGAUAGUGAUCGAAAUGUACAGUUGAAUAACCUGGCAGACGCACUGGCUAACAAAAUUAGAGACAUUCUACAUACUAAUUCCAGACAAUUUAAGAAAUAUAAGCGACGCGCAAGAACAACUCGAAAUAAAAAGAUUGACUAUUUUCCCUUUAGAAAACUAAUACAACCAACCGAAGAAGAAGUAAGAGGUUUCGUCAAGGAGGAGUUACUGAUUUUUAUGAAUAAGUUUAAUUUAAAUUUAAAUGCAAAAAGCAUCCGAGAUAUCGAGACGGAGCUUAUAGAUGUACUGAUAGAUUCCAUUGAUGAGUUGCAAUGGGGAGAUAACGAUAAAAUUAAAGAAGUCGUAGCAAUAGCAUUACGGGAAACAAGUCAACUACCAAAUUGUUAUUUCACUGAAUUGGCUGACACUUUGGUCAAACGAUUCAAAAGUUUCAUGCGUACUUUUAGUGCACUUAAUAUGGAAAGAGCUGAACAGCAAACGUUUGUAAUACUCCAAAAUACAAUACCGAACGCCUCAAUGCUCUCAAACGAUCCAGGAAAUAUCAGUAUUGAACCAAUAACUGUGGCUGAUGUGGAAGCUUUCAUAGAACAGUACACGAAUCAACUUACACAAGUAAUUGAAGCUUGGUGGACGAGUAUAUUAGGAGCCGAUGAAAACGAGAAGGGCUUUAGAGAAGUCGCAAUCAAUGAUUUAGCUGGGGAUAUAGUGGACAGGCACAGAUUCCUUGGCAUGAAUAACUCAUUAUCGUCGAAUGAAGAUGAGGUUGAAUAUUUGAAAUUUCAAAUAUUUCGAUGGAUAAACAAAUUGGUAGGGGACGAGGCUAUGCAACAAGCACUUGAACGGGCACCAGAAUUGAUGGAGCAAAUACAAAAAAUACCAGUCCCGGCUAUGAACAUACCCGAUAGUUCAUUAAAGGCACCAGACAAGACAGAAUAUCCCAAAAAUACACCUCUAGUAACAAGCACUAUUCUUUCCAGAGCAACACCAUCUAAGGCUCCUUAUAAUGUUACCCAAUUACCUGCGAGAUCAGGGGGAAGAGGAAGGAGCUUAUCCGAAGGCUCAAAAAAACGUCCUUCAACUAUCAGACGAAUGAGCGAACCAACAUCAUAUUCAUUGGUUUCGGUGGAACCAGGAGAGGUUAUUCAUACACCCCAAGGUAGAAGAUUUAGUUUAUAUCCAAAUAUUGUGUCCCCUAUAGAAAAUUUAAACACGACAGGACCUACAAUAUCAAAGGUUAAUGAAGGGUUCAGGGCCUAUUUAUCUGAUUGGGUCAAUCAGAUUCCCAUCGCAGAGAACAACGUGCAAGAACGUGAGUUAUCUUCGAAACUUAAGAACGGCAUUUUCAAUGGUAUAUUAGUAGCUUACCUCAAGGUAGAAAUGAACCCAACGCAAUUUAAAAAUGAAGUUUAUCUACAAGACUAUUUAGACAAAGAGAUAGAAGAAUUACUGUCCUGUCUUCCCUCUUCCCAAGAACUAGAUCAAACAAAACCGUUACUUAAAGCGAAACUCAUUGAACACAUCGUAAUAUUUGUAAAAGCGAUAAUAAAUAUAAACGCUUCUACCUCUUAUAAGUAUCGACUCUGGGAUGCUAUUACAUGCAUUUUGCCACCGCGACCUAAACUAGAAGAUAGAGAGAAGAGUACUGCACAUUUAUUUGAAGAAUUGCUUAUUUUAAACCUUAUUGAAGACUAUAUACUUUACCGGCUACAUGAACACAUGAAUCAGGCAAAAGCAGAGGCACACCGUUAUAAAGUAAAUAUCUCCAUACAAAAGCUCUACGAAAAUGCAAAACUAUUACCGGGCAACGAACGGAUUACCGAAGGUAUAGAUAAUUUUACUAUAAAAGUAAUAAAAUGUAUGUUACAAGUAGAGAUACCUUCUAGAGAUGCAUUGCAAGAAGAGGGUGACCAAAUAGUUUUAGGCCUAGAAAUUGCUCAGUGGUUGCAAGAUUUGCCAAUUGCCCAAAGCGAUUCCCAUUUUGAUCAAUUGCAAAAAAGAAGACUUCGAGCCUCACUCGCCAAGAAGAUCCACGAGAUAGAGAAACAACCCAAUUCCUGUGACAACUCAGCUAUGAGACAAGUAAAGAACGAAUUGUCAAAAUUCCUAGAAAAGUUCACUACCCAGCCGGAAGAUGCAGGCAACCUGUCCUUCCUGAUAGAUGAAUUCAUAAACAGGUUGAAGAACAGACGUGAAAAAGUCGAAAAGGCCGUCGCUUACCCAUGGUUUGUCCAGCACAUACCGUUUUCUUCCUCUGCCGUAGAACAUAGUGGUGAAAUUUUUCUACCUGAAAGUUUUGACGAUGAAUGGGCGAAUUUGGGACCGUCUGGUCAUGAGGCUUCGCAUUUGUUAGGCGCAAAUCUUAUACCAGGAGUUCCACCAUAUAAGGAACCUACUAAUAGCCAAUGGUUUACAUUAUUAAAUACUCAAGAGCAAUUACAGCGUGAGAGGGACGCUCGAGUAGCGCAAUCACAAGUCCCACCCUGUUGUCAGCCGGAUCUCGCCAGCAGCCAUAGAUCGCAAGCUAUAAGCGGUUAUCCUGGACAAAGUAAACAAAUGUCACAUAAAGAACCUUCCAAUGUACAACGGCACACAUAUGUAGACAUCCAAGAGGGAAUAGAGCGUGAAAAAAAACCUCUUUUGAACCAAACACACUCGCAACAAGUCCCCUCUUGCUGCCAACCUGCAGCUGCUACAAGUCAGGGGGCUUACGGUCCAACGGGGCGUAGCAUCGUUGGAUCUACCUCACGACACCUACACACAAGUCAGACCGCAGGAACAAGCUAUGACCCACUGACAGGUGCUAGAAGUCAAGUCGCAGCUCCACCAGCUGCAUCUAGCAUGCAUUCGGAAAUGAAACGCCUAGUUGAUUUACAAGACCAACGUUUGUCUAUGAUGCAUAGUGCCAUUCCAGAAUUUCACUCUGGUCCUAGUGGUGUGGACUCUUUUGUUCCCUCUCAAGCACAACCAGUAAUUCAGAUGCCAACUGUUUCAAAUGUGAACGGUAUUUUUAGCACUAGCCCAAUUGCGGGGCCUAGUGGAGUGGCGGGUUCUAAUUUAGCAAAACCUAAAGACCCCAGCAUCGGAGGCACGUCUCUAAUGCAGCGUCCAGUCCUUCUACGGCAAAUCGGAUCUCCUCAACAAGUUAUGAGCAGUAAAUCUCCUACUAAUCAAAGCCAGUUACAACGUGCAGCACCGUUGGCCCAACAACAAGCAGUGUUCACUCCCAGGCAUUAUCCUGAGGAUAUCCCCGAACAGAAUAUAUCACGCCCAGUGCUGUCUCUUCUGGAAAAUAUGUCCAUUCAACCACCGGUAGGGUUCUCAACGCCUCGUCAAUCACUAGCGGGCCGAGCUGGCAUGCCUGAGGUUCCCGAUCAAGGAAAUAUUCCGAGGGCGCCAAGAGCAAGAAGAAAAGGAACAUGCGAAGGCGACGCGUUGCGAGCUGAUGUAGCUCGCAGGAGGCUGGACCUCGAGGAAGUGGAAGAAGAGGAGGAGCGAGAGAGAGACGAAGUGCAGUGCAGAUGCACAGAGCGCGUAUACCGCUGCAGGCGACGGCGGCCGAUGUGCUGCGACUGUGAGGACAUGGACUAUCCGAGAUACUUCCCCAUGCCGUAUCCGUAUUGCUUCUAUUAACUAUUUAAGUAAAUAUUAACUAAUGAGUUUGUUCGCAAAACAAAUAAUAAUAUAUGUUGAAAAAUAUACAUUUAUACUUACAACAGAUCUCAACAAACUUCAAAUUCACAACUUUUAUCUUACUCUAAUCUUUGGAAUUCUAACCACGUUUAUACCCUGCCGCGUUGAAACCAAUCCGUGUCAGUA